AUGGAGACGCUGUUUCCGCUCAAUCCCCGGUUGCUGGUUGCGAUGAGUUCCCUGGAGCUGCUAAAUCAUUACCGCAGCCUUACUGAUAACCUGUCGCCUGAGCAGCAUCUUGAAGUCAUCGCGCAUAUCCUCUCUCGGGUCCACGACGGUGCAAUUCCUCCAUCGAUUUUCAGCAUUUGGCUGCCCCCCAUAUUACAUCGUUUCCCGCACCUGCUCAGAUCUAUACUCAUUGACAGGUCCUAUUUCGUGCGAGCACUAGGCCUGAAGGCUCUGGACCAGGUGCUUAAAAAGACAGCAUGGAAAACCAAAGGGUGGGAAGCCAUUGGAGGCGCCGCAGGCCUGUCUGAAAUAUUCCAGGUUGUUGGCGUCACACAAACAAGACGUCUUGCGAAGAUUAUUGGACGACGGAUGCGCGGCAAGAAGGAUGCUACUGUGGUUGAAGAGAUUGAUACUCUUGUCCAGGCUUUGCUGCUUGAUCCAUCCUUGCUCGCGGUCUCUGAUGACCAGGCCCCGAAGAGGCGAAUUGCAUUUGAAGAUGUUGUUUCGCUUCUCAACGCUUGCAGCGACUCAUUUCUCUUGAAAUUAUUCUCCCAGCCUAUAGAUUCGACAUCCCCCAUAUUCUCGUCCCUAGACAGCCUAGCCGAAGCUAAGCCAAGUAUUCUCCGCCAGAUAGCUGUUGGUGCAUCCAACGCCGAUGAGGCCGUGCGGCUAGAGCUGCUUAAACGUUGUCCUAUAUCGCUUUUCUCCUCUGCAGUACCGUAUUCAAUUCAGUGCAUGUCCAGCUCUCCGGUAUCUAGCUCUGCCACUCCAGGAUUAUGUUUUUGCCUAGAUCUCAUUCAUUCUGUCACCAAUGAUCCAUCUUUCAUAGAGGCGGUGCCGAAUCGUACGAUCCUAGGCUGGGCCGCGGAAUCUACCGAAAAAGCCACCGGCAAGAAUAUUCCCUUUUCCGACAUUUUGGAGCUUCUGCAAAUUGCCCUAAGAAAGGUAAUGAAUCGAGAUGGGGGCGUGGGUUGGAUUCCAGACCCUUUUCCGAGCCAACUGAUCUAUUAUUGCGCUGUUGCUUUCAACCCAGUCAUUGACACCUAUACAGUCUUGGAACCCAAGCACCGUAGGCGCAUUGCUCGUGGAAUUCCAUUGCCCAGCGCCGAACAUCGACCAGACCUAGAGGCGCUGCUUUCAUGUUACCUAUCAGCCUUUCCGCGAGAAGGAAUUGUUCCUGGCAAUGUCUGCUCAAUUGUUCAGGAAGUGGAAAGCAAGGAAUUCACAACCCCCUUUCCACCCUCCGCAAAACUUAGGCUGAUUAAACUGUUUUGUCUCCAUGCACCCGGUAUUCGAAUCGAUUUGGAUGCAUGUCCUCCGUGUGAAAAGGAUUGGCGGCUGUUCCGAUGGGACAUCGAUUUUAUUCACGAGCUUCCAAUAGCGGAUUCAAUAUGGCUGUUCGAGAAAAUCGAGAGCCUCUCAUUAGAAAAGGACACUGUAGUUUCUCCCGAAGAAUCUGCUUGGUACCAUGGAAAGAUACUCGGCGUCAAGUGGGAAGCGGAGAACAUGGCUUUGCAGGAUGAGUUUCCUAUGACGUCUAAACUUCUCGAAGAAACUAAACAGGCAGCCGAACGUGAGCCUGAUCAAUAUCAGCGAUCUAACCUUGUCAAAAGGGCAUUUGAUAUUGCAGUUAAGAGCAAAAAUAUUCGUUUUCUGAAAGACGUUAGCAUAUGGACUGGUAGAUAUCUGCGUGACCCUUAUGUCUGGAAUGAAAUAUAUAUCUUGCAAUGGGGUCUUAAAUGCACUCCUUUACUAUCUUGCGUCGAAAUGCAGUCUAAAGCCCGCCCAACAUCCCUCUCUGGUCUUAAGUCACUCGUUUACGAAGCUAAUACACUAAUUUCAUCCCAAAUGAAUACCACAUUAAAAGCUUUGCAGGAACCAGGGUUUACGGGAUCAUUUGCUGCAGAUCCCAGAAUAUUUUUCACUGACAUUGUUGAAUCACGUAUUGCAGGAAUAAAGCAAUAUAGGAAGGUACGACUUGGCAGCGAAGAUGAGUUGGCCGAGAUUCUUCUUGGUUCCAUGAUACCUAUAAUACUAGAGUACGAAACAGCGGCAGUCACGGAAGGAUACCUUGCCAUUCACUGGAAUUAUACUGGCGGUGCUCUUCAAGGGCUAAAUUGCCCGAUCCCAACACCACGAUAUGCAAUAUCAUUCAUUGAUAGAUUAGCUCGCAAACGAGAGGAUAUUUGGGCAGCCCAGCGCCGUUCUAGACAUCCAGAAACGGCGAUCUUGGACGCUGGUUGGCCAAAAGGCCUACCUGUGCAGUUCCUGUUCCCGUCUGAAGAAUGGGCAGCGGCAGCUUUCAGGCAUCCCGAUGCGGCACCGUACUUGUCAAAGCGCCUCCGGGAGCUCCUAUUUUGUGAAUCAAAACUCGCACUUACCAAGAUUCCACGAAAGACUACCGGAAUAGGAGCAUUUGUUGAUGAUUUGACCUUCACGAUUGAUGCCUACUGUAAGAGUAGCUCCGGAAGUUGCCCGUCUGAAAGGAUAUUGGAGGUCUGGAAUCAUUUCUCGUGUGUCCUACCGGUGAAUGGUAGGCAUAUUGGACUCCUAAGAGAGCAUCUUUUAUCUACGUGCGAUUAUAUGACUUUGAACGUCGAGCCAAGGUCAAAUCGCUUCAAGCACAGUACCAGAAAGAUUAAGGAAGUGCGGAAAACAAUCGACCCACCUGCGCUGUGUUUGCUUCCUAACCUCGAGGAUUUAACCGAGGAUGGCCCAAUGGCAUGGGAUCCGCAGCCGGAAGAUUCAAGGUCCUCUUCUGAUAUGGAAAUGGAGGACGAAAUUUCGGCUACGAUCUUUGAUAGUUGGUUUUCGGCCGAACAGUCUGAGUACGUGGACUUUAAUUCCGAGUUUAGGGGGCCAUAUAUAAGGGAGCAGGAUCUCGAUACGGAGUCGGGAUGUAAUCCGUUAAAGAUAUGGGCCCCGAAUUGUGACGUGCGCGGGUUGCCGUUACCUAACAAAGAGGCAAUUAUUGUGUCCGCAUUGUUAUACCUGGACACCUUCACUGGCGAGUCUUCGAACAUUCUCUCUCAGCAGUUUCCCAAAAGCUCCCGAUUUCCCCGUUACCCGAGUUUGUUUUUAGACUAUGGCUUCCUUUCUACUAUUUCUGAUGUGCAGGAUGCUGCAGACACUGCAGUGAGAGCUCUGCGACAGCUCAAGAAUAUCGUUCCACCUAGGAUCGUACAAAAAUUAGUGACUUCAUUGCUCCAAAGGCUGCCAAAGCUGGCAACGAAAUCCAGCUUCUGGAUUUAUCAGUCAACGACUUUCAAGCUUCUUAGCCUUUUAACUGAAAUGGACCAGCCAGGCAUGGCAAUCGACCCCAGUCUCUCUGCAGUCAAGAAUUUUCCAGGAAUGUCCCAGUGGCAUCGAAGGUCAAUACCCGUAAGACUUGUUCGAAACUUAGACCAUAACGUCGUGGAGAGCUGGUUAACAGACUUUGCUACUUUUGUCGUUAAUUCUCUCGAGGGACAAAGGGACAAACUCCAAGAUGAAGAGUUCGAUGGACCGGACGAAUGUGCAUCUCCUGCUGAACUUGCAAAUCCAGUCAGUGGAAAGGUGCGCCGCGUGAAAAUUACGACAGUCAAACUACUUACGAUGCGCAUUUCAGAGAGCGGCCAAUUUACAAGCAAGACUUGCCUCCGUAUCUUGGAAUCGUUAUUCCGUGUGGCUAGUCAUAUGUCUGUACGAAGUGUAGUUGUCUUCGCUUUGCUUGCACUUGUGAAAAAAAGUGUGGGUUUGGAUGGCAUUCCGUCCGCUGAGAUAUACUCUGCUAUCACAUCCUUGUAUCCUGCAGUCGCUGGACCCAGCGAGAGAGUAAUAAUGAGCGAGGCAGAUUGGGUGAGCGUGGAGAUCGGUGGCCCUUUGCCAGAAGUUGAUGACUUGCGGUCACUUUUAAACGUGCUGGUCUGGGAUGCGCGCAAUAGCAUUCCGGAGAAUAUGCACGAGCACUAUGUCAAGAGUGUCGUGUUGCCACUUCUGGAUGAAUCCACGAGGCAGCAUAAACGUUGGAUGCGCCUAUUCCUCAAUAGAGCCGGAAUUCCGACAGAGUCGAUCCCAAUAUCCAACUUUGGCCCGUUUGAUAGCGAUGUGGAGAGCACCGUGCUCAAUGGCUGGGUCAAGUAUCUUCCAAAGGAGUAUCUUCUUCGCCAUCGCGCAUGGUCCCUUCGAUACCUGGACAUUUGCAAAGUCAGUCACGUUAAGGAUUUGCUGUAUGCUCGGGAUCCGAAAUGGAUUGACACCAGUGCUGGCAAGCAUUGGGCCAGAUUUAUUGAAGCUAAUAAGCAAUAUCGAGCUUUUGGGGCGACAUUCCAGAGCCUUGUCACGUCUGAGAUUUAUUCGAAGGUGCAGGGCGGUAUAACGCGCCAGGAUGCAGCUCUUGAAUACUGCAAACGAGCUGCAAUCGUUCUUCGGAAUCCGAUUAAGCUAAAUUCGCGAGGCCAGCCUUUCUGGUCUCUUAGUCCGAUCCUGUCUGCCAUUAGCUCGCUUUUCCCAAAUAAGUGCUCCUUAGCUACGGCUGCACGAGAAAACCACGCCCAGUUCAUAGUCAGUCAGAUUGCUCGCGAUGUUGAUAGUCUACGCACACCAUCAUGGUGUUCCGACCCCCAUCGCACGCCCCCUGUGUUGCCAUCUCGGCUCGACCUCCAGGCGCUGUUACUCCCUUUGCCACAUCUUCACAACUCGUCAGCUGAGAAAUACGAUAAUUUUACUCGCCAUGUUCUUGAACUAAUGACGGAAUGCCUGGCAUCACCGUCAUCGUUUGGACAGCUUGAGACACUUAAGAAAGCAAUGCGGUUCGUUGCCGCCGGCGAUGCAAUCCACUGCGCCGUGCGAAUCGGCCGGGGUGAAUGCUGCGAGUAUGGCACUCCUUCUGGGACUUCUAGGGUAUUGCUUUCAAGGGCACUCUUGAGCCAGGCGGGGAAUGCGGAUGUGAGUCGCAGCGGAGAAGCGAAAGCCAUGCUGGAGGAGUGGGCGAAUUGCCCUGAUGAGUGGACGCGAACAUGUGCGUAUGAAUUGGGAGACGCGUGUGGAGUGCUGGGUGUAGGGUUUGAGCAGUUGCAGAGCAUGGAGUUCUAG